CUCUACCUCACCGCACAGCUGAUCAAAUGUCAAUUGUCAAGAAAAUGGAGUUUUGUUACGCAUAAUAAAUUAUAGAUAAAAGUUCCAAUAUGAAAUCAAAUAAAAUGAACUUUUCCAUCUGCCGGGGUUAGAAUGGACAAUACGACUCCAUUUCAACCUUGGGCAGCUGAUGAUAUAGCUAAAAAUGUUAAAACUGAGCGAGAAUUAGUGGAUGACGCGAAACUUCAUCGGGAAAAUGUCAAUCAUCCAAAACAUAGGCAAACUGCGUCUUACGAUAAAGAAAUCGUCGACGCUCCAAGUGCUGUUCCGGGACCAUCGAGUGCCUCGGGUUCCGGCGGUAGUCCCGGCGGGGGAAAAGACCCCAAGAUGGACUCUAGCAAAGUAGCUUCCAUGCAACAAAUUGUUGAGAACACUCUCAGUCAAGAGGGACGUCAAAGAGUAUCACAAAUAUUAGAGGCAGUGGAGGCUCUGAGUGGAGCAGAGAGACUGUUGUUGUAUCUCCGACUACCAACUGGUGUACCUCCGCAUGACCCUCUCAAACAACCUCUUAACCCUCUAGGGUCCAGAGCUGAACUACAGCAGACUGUGACAUGGAUACAAACACAUUUGGAAGUCGACCCAGAUGUUUCAUUGCCUAAGCAAGAUGUAUAUGAUGAAUAUAUAGCUCAUUGUAUGAGUAGCAAUAUGAAGCCUCUAUCAACGGCAGACUUCGGCAAAGUCAUGAAACAGGUUUACCCGAGUGUGCGCCCACGGCGACUUGGCACGAGGGGGAAUUCCAGGUAUUGUUACGCAGGGCUCCGCAAGAAGGUUAAACUUGAAGUACCGCAGCUGCCUGAUUUGGGUGAAACUUCCAAGGAACCUACUGUAAUGAAAGAAAGCGAAAGAAUUGUUUGUGAAUGGGCCGAAAGUAAAUUUGGCAUAAAGUUUGUGAACAUAACGGAGCUGUCGCGCCACCUGGUGUCUCCUCUUGGCCCCGCCAGCGCCGGCGCCCCCUCGCCGCCCGUCUCCACACAUGGUCCUCCGGAAGAGAUAUCCGGCGCUCAAAUAAUGAAGCAGCAACUGAAGCGAAAGAUACAGACGCAAGGUCUGCCGGGCAGACCCAAGAAAAACAAGGGGCAAGAGGCCGCCGACGAGUCGCCGCCGUCCGCUUCGUACGCGGGCUCGUACCCCGCGGUGAAGCACGAGAGCGAGCCCGAGCCGGCCUACGCGUACCAGCCCGCCUACGGGCCCGUGUACGACGUGCGCCAGCCCUUCGCGUACGCGCCCCCGCCGCGCGCGCACCCGCCGCACCCCGCGCCGCCCGUGCUCGAGUACCGGCCCGACGCGUACCCCUUCGAGCCGAGCUACGCGCGCGACCUGUCCGUGCCGCCCGACACGGCGCACAACCUGCCCAUCAACCUGAGCAGCGACGCGUCGCUCGACCUGUCCACGGAGCGCGGCGACUGGCCGCGGCGCCGCCCGCCCGACCCGCCCGCGCCGCCCGCGCCGCAGCGCCUGCCGCUGCCCGGCAAGAAGCUCAUCCUGGAGACGUACCAGAGCGAGACGCGCGCGCCGCCGCCGCCGCCGCCCGACGACUUCCCGCGCGAGUAUCUGCCGAAGAAGAUGCGCGCCGCGGAGAGCCUGGGCGGCAAGCUGUCGGCCACGCGGCAGGCGCUCGCCGGGCACGAGCCCGCGCCCUCGUCGUCCUCCGCCGGCGCGGAGUCCUCCGAACGUCCCGGGGUCGCUUUUUUAGAGGAUUCAAAAAACUUAACGAGCCGGUCCAAAAGCACCGCCGCGGCGCUGGCCCGGGAGGAACAGGAGGCGGCGAGUCCGACACGCUCGGGGAAGGCGGCGACGCCUGAGUGCGGCCGCGCCAGGAUGCGCAAGCUGUACGCGCGCGUGAAGGAUCCGUCGCCGGACGCGAGCGAGCGGCCCGGCGGCGCGUCGCCCGACUCGUGCUGCGGGCUGGACGGCAUCAACGUCAGGACCGGCAUGAUAUGCGAGGAGAAGCACUCCGAGAUACUGAACCGGGAGCGCGUCAUCAGCAUCUGCAACAUCGACAAGCACGACCUGGACGACUACCUCAACGAGGGCAACAGCCAGGAGCACGAGGAGGAGCUGCUGCAGUACUUCCACCAGCGCGACGCCGACCACGAGCCGCCGCCCGACGCGAACGCCGCCGAAUGUUCGGUCUCUUUUUUAGAGACAGGCCAGGACCCACACGACGAGCACAGUCAAGGCAAAAGUGAAAAGAUAUCGCAGCUGCGAGAAUUACUAGCUAAGAAUUUGAAAAAUCAGAGUGGGUCCAACGCUCAAAAUGUAAUAGUCAAUCAGAAUACCGGAAAAUCGAUCGACAACUGUAACGAACCGCAUGCGAAUAAAACGGUGAUCGCUGAGGGAGCGUUCAAACCUUUGGGUAACGGUAGCAUAGAUAUUGUAAACGGAACGAAUGUGUUAAAAGAUAGUCAAGUGAACGUGAGUAACAAUGGGGACACAAUUCCGAACGAAAAUGGUAUUUCAGUGCCAUGCACCCCCGAAACUAAUCAUAAACAAUUGAUGGCCGCCGUCGGUGGCGCCCAUCUUUAUAACGGUAAUAGCCACAACGAGCCUCAAAGUCCUACGACGAGAACGCAGCAGUACGAUUUCGUGCCUAUAUCUGAUGGAUGCCAGUCACCUGGAAACUUCCACUCGAAAUCACCAUUAGGGUUUAAUCAACGAGGACACAGUCCUACAAAAAUUAACAAACCAGUUAAUAUGGGAGGAUCUUUACAGACGUCUCCCAUUUCGCACAGCACGGCAGCUAGCCCGUUCGUGAGUCCGAGAAACACUCCAGUGCCGAGGUCACGUCACUGCUCCCGACCUAUUCCAAAGCAUAAUGGCAGAAAAAGACGUAACCUUCUCACCUUAGGUGUGCCGGAUGCUUGUAAUAAACAGUUCGCUAUACCCAAUGAUCAGAAAUUUAUGCCGAAAACCUCUCUGUGCGGCCCUAACAUUAAGUAUUGCCAACCGAUGUCAGCCCCGCCCUCUCCGAACAUACUGUCGCAUUAUAAACAACAAAUGUUGCACAACCAUGGCAUUCCUAACGGCGGUAGCAACAUGUGUUUAAACUUCAUCCCGAACGCAUUCCGAGAGAACAUGAACGGUGAAUUGGCGCAGCCGUUGUCGGCAGAUCCCUUGUCUAGCGAAGUGAGUCGAUUUUUUCAAGAACCAGUGGUCAAUUACAGACUGGGCCAUGACACGUCGUUUAGAUCACAGUCGGUGCCUCUCAAACAAGCACCGAUGUCCAUGAGCCUCUUGAGCUACAACAACACUCCGGUGGGCUCCGUGCCGCCUACGCCGGUGCCGAACGAGUUUUGCGACUUCGGCUCACUCGCUGACACGUGCGACAUAUCCAAAGCCGGUCUCAACCCAGAAACAUUGGACAAAAUAUAUGACGCGAUCGACAGCAGCAACGGUGUACUUAAUACAGGAGCAGCGACAAACAUAAUGAAUACUACCGGUUCUUUGACCAAUGGCUGUGAUCCAUUGCCCAAUCAGCAAAUUCUUGCAGAUGAUCAUUUGCACUCUCUCAUGCCGGCGAACACUGAACUGCUGGAUAGAAGUGGUCAGUACAACGAAUCAUACCCAAACGACGGGGCGAAUGCCGAUAUCGAUUAUGACUUAUCAGAUUUGGUAACUGAAAAAAAUAAAUAUUACACCUCACGGUCAGUCCCCAGUACACCUUUACCGUAUAAGCGCACAGCGCCAAAUCUACAAAUCGACUCGCGUCUUUCUAGAGAACUGUUCGCUGCUGACAAUUAUUCCAGCAUUUCCAAUGGAAUAUCAUCAAAGUCGGUCCCGUCGACUCCUCAGUUGGCUGAAGAUCGAAAUGUUUUCAGCUACAGUAACAGAGAUUUUCUUAUUAAUGGCAAUUCCGUCGACUUAUGUAACACGAAUCAAAUGCGAUCAGUCGAGAACGACCAAGGCUUGACCUCUCCGCUUGACAUGUUACGUGAAGACAUAUUGGUAGAUCCAUUGACCCCGUCCAUCGACCCUUUACUGGCAGACCUCGAUAAAAUGGAUGGAACACCAUAUGUUGACCUCUAGUCGGCAAGAUGAUUAUCACUAAUUAGAAAUAAGAUUUAGCGUCAAGAACUUGUACAGUUGGAUAUCGAGUAUUAGAUAUCUUCUAGAGUACAACAUAUUAUAUGCCUUCAGUGAAGGCAAUUAUUACCAUAGUAGUUUAAAAUAUCAAUCGCACACUCCCAAAAACUCAAGUCAAUACAUUGCACCACAAUAUUGUGAUAAAAAUAUUUUAAUGAAUUAAUAUCUCUCAAUUGACUAGAGUAAGAACUAUGAAUCCAUGAGAUUUAUUUCAUUUAAAUAUUAAAUUGAUCAUACAAUUAUUUUAAUCUUUAUUUUUUUCUUGCUUUAUCAAUAUGUAAAUAAGAGGCCUAAUAAUAUAAUUAAUGAUUGUUCAAAAGGAGAACGUCGACAAGAUUGGAGUUCGAAUUUUAAUAACAAUAUCGUGAUAUUUUUUAUUUCUCGGGGCCAAUAUUAGUAUCUGAUUUCUGAAAUAAUAUUGCUUCAUGACAAUAUGUAAGCUAAUUGUGAAAUGUUGAGAAACAUCGAAAUUUUUAUACACGCAAGUAUACAUAGUCUGUAACGACAUGGUUAAAACAACGUGCUAGCUAAUCAAUUCCUCAAGAAUACAAUUAGCUAAAGUGUGCGCCAAAUUUUAAGUCUGCUCUGAACAAGAGGCCAGUGGCGUAGCAUGCCUUGGAUCAAAAUUGGGCCCUAUAUCAAAAUUAGUCGAGGGGGCCCAAAUAAAGAGUAAAGAAUUCUCACUUAAAUUGUCUUUUUCAGAAUUCUCAAUAAUAAAACAAAGAUACUUGCUUAAAAUAAAUAUAAGUGAUUUUUCUUAUGUAAGGAUGUUUCCAACUUUUGGGAGCACGCUUAAUUCGGGAAAAAAGAGACUAUGUUUUUUGUCAUUUUUGAAGUGAAGACUAUAGGUGUCUUUUAUAUAUGUUUUUUUUUUGGGAAGUGCCAGAUCAAGUUAUAUUGUGAAUUACAUUUUUCUUACUUUUACUUUCAAACUUAACGGUCCCCUGUAGUCCAGAGGCCCCGUAUCAUUGCUACGGCUGAUACGUAGCGUAUGGCUGCGCAGUGUACAAAAGCCAAGCGAGGUUAUAGCUGCUGAGUUCGGUGUUUUGCAAUGUCAAAGCGGACUAAAAUUUUGGCGCACAUUACACCUACUUAGUAAGUAAGCGACCAAGCGGCGCGCCAAGCGUGCAUAGUGAACAUAUAUAAUAUAUAUAUUGAUUGGUUUCUUAAGAAGAUAUAUAAAUAGUAUAUAGUUUAUAAAAAUGAAUUUAUCGUAUAAGUCAGCACAAAGAUUUUAAUAUAUUUUAUUAUCGCAUAGGAGUUUUUCUCUUAUACACUAAAUUUACAAGAUCGCAUAUGAUGCGGCGAGGAAUUUUAACAUGCCCUAUACGGCUGCAGAGAGCUUAUGUGAGAAACCAACAUUAACAUUUGUUUCCCGUCGGCAGAUAUUGCUCUGAUUAGAAAUACAAGUUGUUUGGUUUCGGCACAAUAUAGUAGAUGUACCAAGAAAUACACAAUACAUCAUUGUCGUCUUUUCUAUAGCCGGGCAACAUGUAUCGCCGGGAAGACUUUCUUGUUAAUAUUACACUGAAGAGGUCAGCAUGAAAAUAUUGCAGCAACCAUUAUAUAACAUUGUUAAAUAUAUUAGAUUUGGUUAUUUUAUCACUUGAAGUGAAAAGCUAGCUGGCCUCGGUCGUUUCCGUUCGAGUCGACCCUAAAGUAUCGGAAUGUUGAUUUCAAUGUAAUUGUUGUUGUUUUGUUAAAAGCUUCUUGAAAUGAAAAUAAUUAUUUUAUAUAUUCUGUUGACGAAUUAAAAGAAUGUUUAGCAUUCAAAAUGCCGUAGCUGAUUUAUAUUUAUUUAUUUCCUUGGAUUGUGCCUAAAUUAUGAAUAUUAUACAAAAUAAUGUGCAACAAGCUUAGUAGUUGGAAACGCUAGUACAAACUAAUAACACACUGAUUCGACAGGGAUAUACAUUUAUGUAAGUGAAACCGAAGACUGUUAAAAGUUUAUAGAUAUUUUGAAUGUGAAGUUAUUCAUUUCCACUUGUAGUUGUCUCGAAAUGUGACAAUGAACUAAGCGAACAUCAGUUAAUGUAUUCCAAUUUGGUACAAAUUACCAAAAUAGUCUUGUACCUUAUUACUUUAAGUGUACACUCGUGAUUGUCAAAUUGUUUUAUAUUAUAUAUCACGAGUCAAGUCUGAAAUACCCCAUUGAUGACAUCGAAGAUUGUGUAGAUACAAAAAUCUGCAUCAAAGAAAACCAUUAGAAACAUAUUACUAUCAAUAGAUUUCAAAUAAUUCAGACUAAGGUUUAAAAAUUAGGUCCAUUUUUAAAGUGACAUUUAUGUUGAUAGAGUUAUGUUAUACCUUGUAUCAUCAUGUUAUGAGGAUGUUGCUUAAAAAUUACUGCAUCGCCACAUAUUUAGCGCAAUGACUACUUGAACUAAAAUAAACCAACUGCCUAAUUAAAGUAGUUCAGAAAACCUUUUACUAAUGCGGAAAACCAUAUUGAUAUCUUCAAAGUAAUUAUAAAAUAAUUAAUAAAUAAAGAGACGAGCCUGCGCAUACAUUUGCAGAUUAUUUUAGCACCGUCUACCUUGCCCUCAAUAAGAUGAGCUUUUCUACCUACUUUUUAUUUUUUGUUUAUACCUCCAAUUUGAAUAAAAAUUUUGCAAGCAUCAUAGAAUGUCUGUUUUGUUUGUAUUUAUACUUCGAUGUCUUCAAUGAGACAAUAUUUCCGACAUUUUUGUAAAUAUUUAAUUAAGAUAUUUUUUUAAGUGUUUUAGUUAUAUUACUACAUAAAUCAUUUACUCGAUUGUAACAUCCAUCAUACGUCUAAUUUUGUCUCCAUUAUUUGUUAGCGUUAGCAUUAUAUAAAUAACGAAUUGAUAACUAUGCAAAAAAAUUGGCGUAGUUGAGAUUUGUUAACGAGUAGAAUACAUUUAUUUACAUAACUGUUUAAAAAUUUAAAUUAUGUGUCUAUAUUGAUGUUUGAUGUACUGAUGUUAGCAACUAAGGAAUUAUGAUUAAAAGUAAAACGCCGCAUUGGAACAAUCACAAUAGAUUAGAUUAUUAAAAUGAAUAUCAAUACUGGCAAAAAAACAACUGGCAACAAAUGUAUAACGCGUGGAUCGCAAUACACAUUAAAAAAUGUUUUUUAAAUUAUUAUUUUAAAAAUAUCAUAUGACCAUAGAAUUAUACGCACAGCAUAUUUUUUUGUAAAAAAUAUAUACUGUGUGUAUAGGGAACAAAACAAUCACAAUAGAAUACAUUAUUAAUUAAAUAUCAAUUCUGGCAUAAAAUGUAAAAACAACAAAUGUAUAACGCGUGGAUCGCAAUACACAUUCAAGAAUGGUUUUUUUAGUUAUUAUUUUAAAAAUAUAUCAUAUGACGUUAGAACUAUACACACAGGAUAUAUUUUUGUAAAUAUAUACUGUGUGUAUAGUAUAAUAGUAUAUAUUUUUAUAAAAGUUUUAUUUGUGUUCUUAUAUAACAAGGAGAUGUGGAUUGUGGAUGUUUAUCAUAAUUACUUUUUUUAUGCACCAGAAGCAAUUCAAAUGUUUCUUAAACAUUCACUAUGUAUAUUUCUAUGACUCUGCAUUCAUGUAACAUGUUGAAUCGGUGGUUUUAUUAAAAUUGCAUUUAGUAUAGGUUUCUGUAUUAACAAUAAAUUAUUUGUAAAAAUUUUACUAUAAAGAUACUAUAAAUAUUUUUCUUAACGUCGGCCUAUAAGUAUUUUUUUUUGUUGUGUGACAACAUCCGGAAAUUAAUGAGAACAAUAACGAAAUAUUAUUUAAAAUAAAAAACAAUAAUGAAAAGAUACUUUUAAGUUUUAACAAUUGUGACAUAUAUAUUAUGAGCAAGUAAUUUUUUGAUUUUAAUGAAAUAAUAUAUAUUCACCUAUAAUUCAUAUUACUUAUUAAUUAAUAUUAUGAGUCAAAUAUUUGCUGAGGACAAUAACAACAGUUAAUGUCUAUCUAUAAUUAAUUAGAAUUUUAAUUCUGUUCUCACAUAUGUACAGUAUAAAAACUAAAAGCUUUUACAAAAGAAAUUAAAGGACACAAUUAUCAGUCAUAUGAUGGAUACUUGUUACCCACUAAAAAUGAUUGUUUUGUAAAUAUUAUAAAGAUGAAAUUUUUUUUGUAGACAUAUAUAACAUGACAUUGUUUAUUUUUAUUACAAUUAUGUUGUUCCGUUAAUAUUAUUGUUUUUAUUUCUUAAAUUUUUUUAUAAAUGUACGAUAUUGCAUAGGGUUUUAAAUGUAUAUUUUUAAGUAAAAAAUAUCCAUGUUGUUGAUUAGUAUUAUGGAUGUUGAUUUACACCAUUUGCUACAGUGAUAAUAAAUGGUAUGAUAGAAUG